AUUUAAAAGAAGCUUAUUUAAAAUACGGCCAAUUUAAAGACGAAAAAUACCGAGGAAUGGCUCAACAAGUAAUACCUCCAUUGAAACAAAACAUCCGAGAUAUUGAAAGUCAAUUAAAGGAAUUUGGCGCAAUUAAGAAUGAAUUGUCUGAAGCUAAGAAAGAAAUUAAAAAUCUAAACGAACAAAGCAAACUUGAAAAUAACUUUUCAAAUGCUCUUAAAAUACAAAUACAAGAGCAUAAAGAAAUGUUUAGUAAUGCGCAAGAAGAUCUUAAGAAAAAAGACAUUUUAAUUGAAGAACUUCGAAAAGAACUUCAACAAGAAAAGAACAAUAGAGAAAUAGUUGAACUGUCUAGAGAAAAAAGCAAUUUAGAAAAAUUAAAUAGUUCGACUAGAGUUAAAGUAGCUGAAAAAAAUCUUCAAGGUUAUUUAGAAAUGUUAGAUUUUGAAGAUGAAAAGACGAAAGAAACUGCAAAAAAGCAUCUAAAUAAGAUAUUAAAUGAU